AUGAAAGGAUUUAUAACUAAUAACAAAGUCAAUGCCUAAGGAAAAAGAGUAAUAUUUUCUGAUGAUGGAGCCUGCAAUAUACAUUUUAUAAGUGGCAAUACUUAUAGUAUCUCUGGAGUGUAAGAUGCAGCUCUCGAUAGUAAUGGAACUAUCUACGCAAUUACAACCUAAGAUAUAAGCAUUGAUAAAUACAAACGAUUCGGCUCUAUUGCAAAAUUCUAUUCCAAAAAACAUUAUAAAAAUAUAGAAAUUUACUAGGAUAAGCCAGUCCUUGUAAAAUAAAAUGGAAUAUUAGAAAGCUUCAAUUAGCUAUGUGUUUAGCAAAUCAGCGCUGGAUAGAAUAAUAGUGGAGGUCUAUUUGCCUUGAAUUGUGGUUAGCAAAAUGAUUCACUCUUCUAAGUUAUGAGAUGGAACAAAGAUAUAAAUAAUUGGGAAAAGAUUGGCAAUAUACUUGCUGAAAAGAUUGCUGCUUAUUCUUAUGAUGUAGUCUAUAUUUAUAGAUAGUCAAGCAUAUUUGAACAUACUAUAAAAAAAUGA